GAGGAUAGCAGCAGUCUCACCUGCACCUGUCAGAAAACACACCUCAACCUCUCCCUUUACACCAACGACAGACAGACAACAGAAACACCAACAGCAGGUCGACAGAGAUGGACAAAUUUGCACACAUGGUGGGAGAGAAAGUGGGAGGUGUGGUGGAAGGAGCCGUGAAGAGCGCUCUGGGUGUGAGUGACAAGAACAAGGACGGGAAGAAAGGGGGGUCGUUGUCGCUCUUUGGAGGCGGCGACAAGAAGAACAAGGAGAAAGGAGGAAUCUUCUCAUCCGGAAAUGACAAGAAGCCGGAGGAGAAGAAGGGAGGGUUCUUCUCAAAGGUCUUUGACAACGACGACGACAAUGGGAAAUCCAAAGCUUCAGGUUUUGCAGGUCUCUUUGCUGAACAGGGGGGAGCGAGUGCUGCCGGAGGAAACGAGGAAGGGAGUGGAGCAACAGGUGGAGGGAAUGAAGUGCAGUUUGGAGGAACUGAAGGACCGAGUGGAGGAACUGAAGGACCGAGUGGAGGAGUGAAUGACGAUUUGUUCUCUGAUCUGUCGGAUGUGGCCAAUGAAAUGUCUGCAGGGAAUUAAAAUGACUGAAACCCGCAUCCUGACCUCUGAGGAGAAACCAGAUUCUGCUGAAAGUCAACCGACCUCACCUUCAGUCUGUAUCCGCGUCUGUAACGAGACCUCAGCUGUCAGGAUGUUGAGCUUUUUCAAAGACUUUUAAUGCUUGUUAUUUAUGAGAUCACUGAUGAAUGAACACUUUGUACAGUCUCUUGUGUGUUAAUCUGUACACUAACAGAAAUGUAAGAACACUUUAUAUUACUUAAUAUUUACUUAUAUUAAGUAAGAGCUCAUCUUGAUCAAAUAAGUUAGCAUAACAUUUGAUAUUUAUUGAUUGAUUAAUUUUCCUGAGUUGUAUUAUGGGCAAAAAUCCUUUUCAAAAAACAAUAAAAUACAAGCCACAAAGCACAUGAAGGUCAUGAUUUAGGGAAUGGAGAAGACGGCUAAUGCUAGCUGAUGAUAUGUUUGCGGUCAGACUGUGAUUUUGAGCUUUUCCUCCGUGGCACCUUUUACUGUCUCUUCCUCACGCCACGUUUUAAUGCAUUUUCAGCACAAGUGUCAGGUUUACUUUGCUAAAUCUAGAUGUAACAACAGGUAAAACUUUGAAUAAAGCAUUUAAUCACA